AUGCUUCAAGAAAAUCGAACCUUAAUCACUGAACUUUAUUUGGUUGGGUUUGGGGAUCUUCACAACUUCAACAUAAUCCUGUUCGCCGUGGUUCUGAUCAUUUUUAUUAUGGCAUUAAUGAGUAAUGAUCUUGUGAUCAUCUUGGUUGCUACCUGCAAGAGCCUCCAUUCUUCUAUGUAUUUUUUUCUCACUCAGUUGUCCCUGUCUGAGGUCUUGUUCACCUCCAAUAUUGUGCCCAAUAUGCUGAGACUCAUAUUGGCCGGAGGAGGGACCAUGUCUGUAAAUGGUUGCAUCACCCAGUUCUAUCUUUUAUGUGCCCCCACCAUUGCUCAGUGCUUGCUAUUGGCUGCCAUGUCCUUUGAUCGCUAUGUGGCUAUAUGCAAACCCCUUCACUAUACGUCAGUGUUGACUUUCAGACUGCAGCUGCACAUUGUAAUGUUCUGUUGGACCUCCGGUUUCACACUGGCCCUUCCCAUUGAUAUAUUCCUACAUAAGCUGCAAUUCUGUCAUUCCAACGUCAUUAACCAUUUCUACUGUGACAUCGCUCCAGUUCUAGAACUCUCAUGCUCGGACACUUCCUCUGUGAAACUGCUCACCUCCCUUGUUUCUAUGCCCGUGGUUCUUUUACCUUUCACCUUCAUUAUCGCUACUUAUAUUUCCAUCAUUUUUACCAUCCUCAGGAUCCCCUCAAACCAUGGGAGACAGAAAGCCUUCUCCACCUGCAGCUCCCAUCUGAUUGUCGUCUCUAUGUAUUACGGCACAUUGACAACCAUUUAUAUUGUCCCAACUGGAGAACAUUCCAUGAAUGCAAAUAAGGUUCUCUCCUUACUAUACUCUCUGGUCACUCCCUUGUUCAACCCCAUUAUCUAUAGCUUGAGAAAUCAGGAUAUAAGGAGAGCAAUAAGCAAUUGUAAUAUAGUUAAGCGUAAGACAAUAUUCAGUCAUGUCUACUAA